AUGCUUUCAACACGUUUUGUUCCAACUUUCCUCACUGUCUUGGCUGGCUUGUGCCUAACAGCAGACGCUCGCCAAUGCCCACCUCUCGGCCCCGUCUUACCAUCCCCAAAGCGGCCCAGUCAACACCCUGCGGUAAAAGCCGCCAUUGAGGGUAUUAUCACGUCUCUCGAAGCCCAAACAGGAGGUUUCAACUACUCUGCCGUCUCCAUCGGAAUUCAGUCUAUUCACGAGGACACGCCCCUCUUGGACUUCCACCACACUCCCUCCAGUCCAGCUUCUAAGCGUGGUGCAAAAGAAGUUGAUGCCAGCACCGUGUAUCGCCUUGGAAGCGUUUCAAAACUGUUUACGGUGCUGGCUGCGCUGGAACUGGCUGAGGAUGGAGUGCUAAGUAUGGACGACCCCGUUGGACGGUGGAUUCCAGAGCUUUCAGGACGUGCUGGCGAUCCUGAGUCUGAAGAUGAGCUUGAUCGGAUCGAGUGGCAAAACGCGACUGUGGGGGAUGUUGCAGCACACCUCUCAGGUAUUGGAGGAGAUAUGACUAGUGAUCUUGCCAGCUUUGAUGCCAACUGGGAGGCUCUUGGUCUUCCAAAGGCUUCUUCCGAGACAAAGACCCGGGCAUGCUCAGGCAAUGGAGGGCUUCGCCCUUGUACGCGCGAAGACCUACUGGGGGCGUUUCAGCAUAGACGCCCACCUGUGUACCCGCCAGGUCAAGUUCCUAUUUAUUCCAACGCUGGCACCAGCAUCGUUGGCCUUGUCGUCGAGGCGGCCUCCAACAAGACUUUCGAGGAAUCUCUCCGCGAUUUAGUCCUGGAACCUUUAGCGCUGCGGGACACAAGCGUCGGGACUGUGCCCGAGAAGUCUGACCAACUGUUCAUUCCCGCCGGAAGCACUGAUUGGGAUAUGGAUUUGGGGAUCUUUGCAUCUGCCGGUGGAAUGAACUCCAACACCAAAGAUUUGCUUUCUUUCAUGACUGCUAUCUUGAAAAACUCGGCCCUUUCUCCGGCUUCAACACGUCGCUGGCUCAAGCCGGCUUCUUUCCUCUCAGCCUGGAGCAGUGCUGUUGGCGCCCCUUGGGAGAUCUACCGCGUCGACAACCUGACCAGCGACGGCCGGAUCAUUGAUCUAUACACCAAGGGCGGAUCCCUUACCAGCUAUUAUUCUGCGUUGGCACUUGUGCCGGAUUUGGGCUUUGUCAUUUCGGUUCUCGCUGCUGGACCUGAAGUCAUCGGCCUUUGGCCAUCGUUGGCAAGUCUCCAGGCAAUGGAGGUGCUGAUCCCUGCUUUGGACAUUGCAGCCAAAGAUGAAGCCAAAAAGAGAUUCUCGGGAACUUAUACAGACAAGGAGAGUGGUUCACGACUUACUUUGUCUUUGGAUGAUGGCCCAGGUCUGACACUCAGCGACUGGGUUAUGCGAGACUUUGAGGUGUUGCCGAACCUUGGUCGGUACAAUCCCGCAACCAUGAACACUACCACUGGGUCAAACUUGACAAGCAUCAGGAUGUUCCCGACGGGCAUUGAAAACAAGCGUCGGUCAGCAUGGAGAGCUACCUUCCCCGCCUUCUCGGACGAAGAAGCCAAGGUGAUUGAUGGGAGCACAUCUAUUCGGGAUGCUUCGUGCGUCACCUGGCGUAUGGUGGACCGGCUGAUAUACAAUGACCUUUCGAUGGAUCAUUUCGAGUUUCAGUUUGGAGAAGACGGGAAGACUGCGACGAGUAUCAAGUGCAAGGGUUUUGAUGUCGAACUGACGAGGGACUCGGAGGACUAUCAAGAUUACGAGAUAUAA